GUUUAGUUGGGCCGAUUAUUUAAUGAAGCCAGAGAAUCUAGAUUCUAGGCCCAUGAUGUCCCUGGCGAGGGUGAAGACUGAAGAGGAAGGAGGGGAGGGGUAUCAGUAUUCUGUUUGUGAGUUCUAAGAUGAACAAGAUUCCGUGGAUGAAACAGCAAUGGCGAGGCAUAGUGAAAGUGCGUCUGAAGUGGGUAAAGAACCGAACCCUCGAUCACGUGAUCGACAAGGAAACCGACCUCAAGGCCGCGUGCCUCCUCAAGGACGCCAUCGUCCGCUCCUCCACCGCCUUCCUCACCGCCAACUCCGUCGCCGACUGGCAGAAGCUCCUCGGCCUCACCGUCCCCGUCCUCCGCUUCCUCCGCCGCUACCCCACCCUCUUCCACGAGUUCCCCCACCCCCGCUGGCCCUCCCUCCCCUGCUUCCGCCUCACCGACACCGCGCAAUUCCUCCACUCGCAGGAACUCGCUCUCCACCAAACGCACCAAAACGACGCCGUCAGCAACCUCUCCAAGCUCCUCAUGAUGGCCCGCUCACGCGCCCUCUCCCUCCACUCUCUCCACGCGCUCAAGUGGGACCUUGGCCUACCCGACACCUUCCACAAAACCCUAGUUCCGCAAUACCCUGACACCUUCCAAUUCCUGAACUCCCCCAACGGCGUCGUUUCGCUUAAACUAACGCGCUGGCCCGAGGAACUCGCGCUUUCCGCUUUGCAGAGGACCAACGAGGGUGGGACCCACUACCGGGAAUUCAAGCGGGGGCAAUCGGCGUUGGCUUUUCCGAUGAAGUUUCCGAGAGGCUACGGUGCUCAGAAGAAGGUUAGGGCGUGGAUGGAGGAGUUCCAGAAGCUUCCCUAUCUCUCUCCUUAUUCCGACUCCUCCAAGAUUGACCCCAAUAGUGACUUAAUGGAGAAGCGCGUUGUUGGGGUUCUGCACGAGCUUUUGAGUCUCACUCUGCACAAGAAAACCAAGAGGAACUACUUGAGGGGGUUGAGGGAAGAGUUGAAUCUUCCGCAUAGGUUUACCCGCAUUUUCACGAGGUACCCGGGGAUUUUUUACCUCUCGUUGAAGUGCAAAACCACGACGGUUACUCUCAGGGAAGGGUACCGGAGUGGGAAGCUGGUGGACCCGCACCCUCUUGCUCGCCAUAGGGAUAAGUUCUACCAUGUGAUGCAGACGGGGCUUCUCUAUCGCGGGGAUGGCUCGUUGAAACGUGACGAGAACGAUUCGCUGCUUCGGGAUGAUGAACUCAGGAGUGAAGACUCUGAGGAGGAGGAGGAGGAGGAGGAGGGAGAGGUUGAAAUGAGCGAUGAUGAUGAACUCUGCGAGGGUGAAACAAGUGAAUGAGGUUUUUGAUGCUGAAUUGUGUUUGUAUGAUACAAGCUACGGGGUGAUAAUUGCUUUAAAGAAAACCAUUUGCUCAUUGCUCCCCAGUUUCUACUGGUAGAAAUUCAAGAACCAUGUCCAAAGAAUUGGCAAAUUGACAUUGGACCUGCUUGCAUAUUCGUAGAUAAGUAUGAUUCUCUGGCUUAAUAUGGUCAUCUCCGGAAGUUUCAGAUAUUAUUGCUAUACCUCCAGAGAAACAAGUAAAGCUUUAUGAACUUCAAAAUUUCUGUAGCAUGCUAACUGCAAGUCUGCAACAUAAUAGCAGAUGAAUAACCCAUCAGAUUAUCGCCCCUUGUAAGAGUAAUAGUCCAUUAAGAAGUCACUGCCUCGGGUGAAGACUUGAAUGAGUAGACACAUUUGUUCUUGAACUAUGUGAUAAACUUUUUUGACCCAUAAAGUUGCAUGUGUUUAAUUGAUUAUAGUCGCUAAUAUUAUUGGCGAUUCUCAGGAAAUUCUGCUGGUCUUGAAGGGGAUCCUUAAGCCAGCUUGUUAAAGCUAUGGAGCAUGUUGGAGAUCAUUGAAACUACUCAAGCAAGCUCGAAUAGUUCACGAACAUUAUUUAUCAGCUGUAGCAACUAAUCAUGUUACGGUAUUCAUUAUUUUUUACCACAUUGGCGAUCUGUCAACCAGCAAUUGUGUUUGAUUUUAAGGUGGAAAAUUGAGUUGACAAAUGACAUAAAUUAUAGGAAUUUACCCCCUAUAUCGAAAAAAUGUUGCAACGAAAUAUUAUGGUGCAUUUGGUUGGCAAAUAUUCUUAGUUUA